UCUAUAAUUUACAAAGGUAUUGGGGGUGCAUUCAAUUUGUGUUCAAAUGCUUGAAUCAAUUUUAUUCUGGUUGCUGGAAUAUAAAUUAGAAUUGAAAGGGAAAAGUUAAUAAAUGUCAAUGCUGGAAUACUUUGGAGGUUAGAAAGAUCGGAGGAAGAAAAUGUGAAAAAAGCUGUGUGCAAUUGUUAAGCUGAGUUGAGCAUUUACUUGGUCACAGUCAGCAUGGUCACUAAACACAGAUGUAUGUGGCUUGUGUUCUAAUUUUCAUAAAUAUGGAUUUUUAAUUGAAGGGAUACAAUAUUAACCUUCUUAAAACUUGUAGCUACAGAGAUGAUGUUGGUAAUAACAGCAUUGAAGUUUACAUGUCCCUUUCUGUUCAAUGGAUUUGAAAGUGGCUUAAUUGAUGUGAUUUUCAUGACUAAGAAACAAAAGAUAUGGUUAAAUAUUACGUUACUGUAGACUAUUUUUGUUUUUUUUCUGUCAUUUCUCGGGUUCUAGAGGCAUUCCUGGCUCCAGGUUCUGAACUCUGGAUGUUUAAUGAGGUCCCAGAAAAAAAAAAAAAGGAAAAGAGGCUUACUGAUGGUGGACUUGAUAUUUGUGGAUUGGAGAGCAUAAAACUUGUUCACUGGGAGGAAAAUGCUGUCAUAAGACGACAUUUGGAGAGUCUUCCUCUAGAGACUUUUACUUUUGAUUCUCCAGAGCAUCUCCCUUGUAGAGAUACAAAGUCAACAUCUUUACAUCUUUCUGGGUUCUGUAAUAGCUCUUGGAUUCGUGAAAUGCAGCAAGCUUCUGACAAAACAAUAAUCAUUAGUGAAAACCUGGAUGCUAGGACUAGAAACCUGGUCUCUGUGUCCAGAAUCAGUCAAAUGAAUUGGUGAGUAUGGUACUGGCAAUGGUUGCUGAAGAAAAGCAAAUAAAUCGUGAUCUAGAGGGACUCUUUGCUGAGGAGGUACUGUUUAUUCGUUCCUCCUGUCCACCUUUUUAUUUCCCAUUUUUCUGCCCCUUUCAGAUCUUGCAGAUCAACUGGUUUACUGUUUCAGAUUCCAAGGCUUAAUAUUAGAUUUUUUAUGUGUAUCUAAUUGGCUGGCAU